GAGGAAGAGGCUGAAUGAGGAACUGCGCGGGGGAAGCGGGGCGCCGGGGGAGGAGGCGGCGGGAUGGAAGCAGACGCUGGCGUCGCGCGAGCCCCGGCCAGGGCGGCGCGGUAGAGAGGGCGGCGGCGCGCGCGGAGGCUUGACGUGCGCCUUUCUUUCUUCUCUCACUGGCAAGCUGGGAAGCAUGAGCGUGCAGACCUGCUGCUGCGGCGGCCGCCCCGGCUCCUCGCCUCCCCCUUUUCUGGCCGCCCCUCGCCGGUGAGAGAAGAGAACGCGAGAAGGGAAGAUGGGGGCCGUCCUGAGGAGCCUCCUGGCCUGCAGUUUCUGCGUGCUCCUGAGAGCGGCCCCUUUGUUGCUUUAUGCAAACAGACGGGACUUACGAUUGGUUGAUGCUACAAAUGGCAAAGAGAAUGCUACCAUUGUAGUUGGGGGCUUGGAGGAUGCAGCUGCGGUGGACUUUGUGUUUGGUCAUGGCUUGAUAUACUGGAGUGAUGUCAGCGAAGAAGCCAUUAAACGAACAGAGUUUAACAAAACUGAGAGCGUACAGAAUGUUGUCGUUUCUGGAUUAUUGUCUCCUGAUGGGCUGGCAUGCGAUUGGCUUGGAGAAAAAUUGUACUGGACAGAUUCUGAAACUAAUCGGAUUGAAGUUUCUAAUCUAGAUGGAUCUUUACGAAAAGUUUUAUUUUGGCAAGAGUUGGAUCAACCUAGAGCUAUUGCCUUAGAUCCUUCCAGUGGAUUCAUAUACUGGACAGACUGGGGAGAAGUACCAAAGAUAGAACGUGCUGGAAUGGAUGGUUCAAGUCGCUUCAUUAUAAUAAACACUGAAAUUUACUGGCCAAAUGGACUGACUUUGGAUUAUGAGGAACGGAAACUUUAUUGGGCAGAUGCAAAACUUAAUUUUAUCCACAAAUCAAAUCUGGAUGGAACAAAUCGGCAGGCAGUGGUUAAAGGUUCCCUUCCACAUCCUUUUGCCUUGACGUUAUUUGAGGACACAUUGUACUGGACUGACUGGAAUACACACUCCAUUUUGGCUUGCAACAAGUACACUGGCGAGGGUCUGCGUGAAAUCCAUUCUAACAUCUUCUCUCCCAUGGAUAUACAUGCCUUCAGCCAACAGAGGCAGCCAAAUGCUACCAAUCCAUGUGGAAUUGAUAAUGGUGGUUGUUCCCACUUGUGUUUGAUGUCUCCAGUCAAGCCUUUUUAUCAGUGUGCCUGCCCAACUGGAGUCAAACUCCUAGAGGAUGGAAGAACUUGCAAAGAUGGUGCUACUGAAUUACUGCUUUUAGCCCGAAGGACAGACUUGAGACGCAUUUCUUUGGAUACACCAGACUUCACAGACAUUGUUUUACAGUUAGAAGAUAUCCGCCAUGCCAUUGCUAUCGAUUAUGAUCCUGUGGAAGGCUAUAUCUACUGGACUGAUGAUGAAGUGAGGGCCAUACGCCGCUCAUUCAUCGAUGGAACUGGCAGUCAGUUUGUGGUCACCGCUCAGAUUGCGCAUCCUGAUGGUAUUGCUGUUGACUGGGUUGCCCGAAAUCUUUAUUGGACAGACACUGGCACUGAUCGGAUAGAAGUGACAAGGCUCAAUGGGACCAUGAGGAAGAUCUUGAUUUCAGAGGACUUAGAGGAACCCCGGGCUAUUGUGUUAGAUCCCAUGGUUGGGUACAUGUAUUGGACUGACUGGGGAGAAAUCCCGAAAAUUGAGCGAGCAGCUCUGGAUGGUUCUGACCGAGUAGUGUUGGUUAACACUUCUCUUGGGUGGCCCAAUGGUUUAGCCUUGGAUUAUGAUGAAGGCAAAAUAUACUGGGGAGAUGCCAAAACAGACAAAAUUGAGGUUAUGAAUACUGAUGGCACUGGAAGACGAGUGCUAGUGGAAGACAAAAUUCCACACAUAUUUGGGUUCACUUUGUUGGGUGACUAUGUUUACUGGACUGACUGGCAGAGGCGGAGCAUCGAAAGAGUGCACAAACGGAGUGCAGAGAGGGAGAUCAUCAUAGAUCAGCUCCCUGACCUCAUGGGCCUGAAGGCCACAAAUGUUCAUCGAAUCAUUGGUUCCAACCCCUGUGCUGAGGAAAAUGGGGGAUGUAGCCAUCUUUGCCUCUAUAGACCUCAGGGCCUUCGCUGUGCCUGUCCCAUUGGCUUUGAACUCAUCAGUGACAUGAAGACUUGCAUUGUCCCAGAGGCUUUCCUUUUGUUUUCUCGGAGAGCGGAUAUCCGGCGAAUUUCUUUGGAAACUAACAAUAAUAAUGUGGCCAUUCCGCUCACUGGUGUCAAAGAAGCUUCUGCUUUGGAUUUUGAUGUGACAGACAACCGAAUUUACUGGACUGAUAUAUCACUCAAGACCAUCAGCAGAGCCUUUAUGAAUGGCAGUGCACUGGAACAUGUGGUAGAAUUCGGCUUAGAUUAUCCAGAAGGCAUGGCGGUAGACUGGCUUGGAAAGAACUUGUACUGGGCAGACACAGGAACAAACCGAAUUGAGGCGUCAAAGUUGGAUGGACAGCACCGACAAGUUUUGGUGUGGAAAGACCUAGACAGUCCCAGAGCUCUUGCGUUGGACCCUGCUGAAGGAUUCAUGUAUUGGACUGAAUGGGGUGGAAAACCUAAGAUAGACAGAGCUGCCAUGGAUGGAAGUGAACGUACUACAUUGGUUCCAAAUGUGGGGCGUGCAAAUGGCCUAACAAUCGAUUAUGCUAAAAGGAGACUCUACUGGACAGACCUGGACACCAACUUAAUAGAAUCUUCAAAUAUGCUAGGACUCAACCGUGAAGUUAUAGCAGAUGACUUGCCUCAUCCUUUUGGCUUAACUCAGUACCAAGAUUACAUCUACUGGACGGACUGGAGCCGACGCAGCAUUGAACGUGCCAACAAAACCAGUGGCCAAAACCGCACCAUCAUUCAGGGCCAUUUGGAUUAUGUGAUGGACAUCCUCGUCUUUCACUCCUCUCGGCAGGCGGGGUGGAAUGAGUGUGCUUCCAGCAAUGGGCACUGCUCCCACCUCUGCUUGGCUGUGCCAGUUGGAGGUUAUGUGUGUGGGUGCCCUGCCCACUACUCUCUCAAUGCUGACAACAGGACUUGUAGUGCUCCAACUACUUUCCUGCUCUUCAGUCAAAAAAGCGCGAUCAACCGCAUGGUAAUUGAUGAACAGCAGAGCCCUGACAUCAUCCUUCCUAUCCACAGCCUUCGGAAUGUCCGGGCAAUUGACUAUGACCCACUGGACAAGCAACUAUAUUGGAUUGAUUCACGACAAAACAUGAUCCGAAAAGCUCAAGAGGAUGGCAGCCAGGGCUUUACUGUGGUUGUGAGUUCAGUUCCAAAUCAGAACCUAGAAAUACAACCCUAUGACCUCAGCAUUGAUAUUUAUAGCCGCUACAUCUACUGGACUUGUGAGGCCACCAAUGUCAUUAAUGUAACAAGAUUAGAUGGGAGAUCUAUUGGAGUGGUGCUAAAAGGCGAGCAAGACAGACCUCGAGCCAUUGUGGUAAACCCAGAGAAAGGGUAUAUGUAUUUUACCAAUCUUCAGGAAAGGUCUCCAAAAAUUGAACGAGCUGCUUUGGAUGGAACAGAACGGGAGGUCCUCUUUUUCAGUGGCUUAAGUAAGCCAAUUGCUUUAGCCCUUGAUAGCAGAUUGGGCAAGCUCUUUUGGGCUGAUUCAGAUCUCCGGCGAAUUGAAAGCAGUGAUCUCUCAGGUGCCAACCGAGUAGUAUUAGAAGAUUCCAAUAUCUUGCAGCCUGUGGGACUGACUGUGUUUGAAAAUUGGCUAUACUGGAUUGAUAAGCAGCAGCAAAUGAUUGAAAAAAUUGACAUGACAGGUCGAGAGGGUAGAACCAAAGUCCAGGCUCGAAUAGCUCAGCUCAGUGACAUUCAUGCAGUAAAGGAGCUGAACCUUCAGGAAUAUAGACAGCACCCCUGUGCUCAGGACAAUGGUGGCUGUUCACAUAUUUGUCUUGUAAAAGGAGAUGGUACUACACGGUGCUCUUGCCCUAUGCACUUGGUUCUGCUUCAGGAUGAGCUGUCAUGUGGAGAACCCCCAACAUGUUCUCCUCAGCAGUUUACUUGUUUCACGGGAGAAAUUGAUUGUAUCCCUGUGGCUUGGCGAUGUGAUGGGUUUACUGAAUGUGAAGACCACAGUGAUGAGCUUAACUGUCCUGUGUGCUCAGAGUCCCAGUUCCAGUGUACCAGUGGGCAGUGUAUUGAUGGUGUACUCCGAUGCAAUGGAGAUGCAAACUGCCAGGAUAAAUCAGAUGAAAAGAACUGUGAAGUGCUUUGUUUAAUUGAUCAGUUCCGCUGUGCCAAUGGUCAGUGCAUUGGAAAACAUAAGAAAUGUGAUCAUAAUGUGGAUUGCAGUGACAAAUCAGAUGAACUGGAAUGUUAUCCAACUGAGGAGCCAGCACCACCACCCACCAACACAGUUGGUUCAGUUAUUGGAGUAAUUGUCACUAUUUUUGUGUCUGGAACCAUAUACUUUAUCUGCCAGAGGAUGUUGUGUCCACGCAUGAAGGGAGAUGGAGAAACCAUGACUAAUGACUAUGUAGUUCAUGGACCAGCCUCUGUGCCCCUUGGUUAUGUGCCACACCCAAGUUCUUUGUCAGGAUCUCUUCCAGGAAUGUCUCGAGGUAAAUCAAUGAUCAGCUCCCUCAGUAUCAUGGGGGGCAGCAGCGGACCCCCUUACGACCGAGCUCAUGUCACAGGAGCCUCAUCAAGUAGUUCUUCAAGCACCAAAGGCACUUACUUCCCUGCAAUUUUGAACCCUCCGCCAUCCCCAGCCACAGAGCGAUCGCAUUACACCAUGGAAUUUGGUUAUUCUUCAAACAGUCCUUCCACUCACAGGUCCUACAGCUACAGGCCAUAUAGUUACCGGCACUUUGCACCCCCCACCACGCCCUGCAGCACCGAUGUUUGUGACAGUGACUAUGCCCCCAGCCGGAGAAUGACCUCGGUGGCAACAGUCAAGGGCUACACUAGUGACUUGAACUAUGACUCAGAGCCUGUGCCCCCACCUCCCACACCCCGAAGCCAAUACUUGUCAGCAGAAGAGAACUAUGAAAGCUGCCCGCCUUCUCCGUACACAGAGAGGAGCUACUCACAUCACCUCUACCCUCCGCCACCAUCUCCCUGCACAGACUCCUCCUGAGGAGGGGCCCUCCUCCUCUGACUGCCUCCAACACAAAAAUGUACAUACAGAUUUGGCUGAGAUCUGGAGGGGGGGAGGGAGAUACUAGAGAAGGAUGAGGCAGGCCAUGUACAGUUAAAAAUUAUAAAUGGAAUAGGGAAUACUGGAGAUAUUUGUACAGAAGAAAAGGAUAUUUAUAUAUUUUCUUAAAACAGCAAAUUUGCUGCUUGUGCCAUAAAAAUUUGUAUAAAAAUAAAUUUGUACUAAAAGUUUUAUUUUUGCAAAAUAAAUACACAAAGCAUGCCUUAAACCCAGUGAAGUGACUGAGUACAGAGGAAACAGGCAUAAUAAAGGCAUCAGUGACCAGGAGUGUCUGGGCUUUAUUGAUACCAAAAAAAAAAGAAGAAGAAAAAUUUAAAUCCAUCUCAGAGCAGCAAACCAUAGAUACUUGGAAGUAGCCAAAUAGCCUUCAUGUUACAUAACAUUUGAGGGCCAACAGGUUUAAGAAAUCCUGAAAAAGAAAUAAAGUAAUGAAUACUAACUUUGGACCUAGGGCUUUGUUUUCUCUAGGCGUCCAACAAUUUUAGUGAGGAAAAUAGAUAUUCAUAAAAAUCCGUUCUGGGUACCGCUGUGGCAGGGAAGGUCAGCUGCCUGGUAGGGUGCCGUGGGGCCGUCUGUGUGCGCACGUCUCUGUCCCUGCGUCCGAGUCCACGCCUCCUUCAGAGUUUGGUUCUCACAAUGUUUUUACCGUCCUUGCUCCCCCAGCAGCUUUAUAGGCCCGUUUGCCAAGAUAUGAUUUAUUCAAAACUUUUUAUCUGAAGGUUAAUUAAAUGGAUUUUUCUAAAUUAAGGUUUCAUUUUAAUAUUUAUACUAGCUCCAUUCCCCUGAAGGCUUAGCUCUUCUAUUAGACUGAUGUUUUCACGUAAUGAUCAAAGGUAAGACAUAUUAUUGCUCCUCUUUACUUCUAAGAUUGUUUAAUGCUCAUUAAACUGUCUUCUUACGACACAUAUAGACAAUGUUUAAGAAUUACAAAUUUAGCUAUUAUUUUUUGUUGUAAAUUAAUCAUAUAUCCUUGCAGUACUUUCAGCAUAUAUCACAAUAUGAAAUCAUUUUUAUAUAUAUUUUCCUACUAAAAUAUUUUAAUGUGUUCCAGUAAGAGACAAUCUGUGUAAAAGGAGAAUUUUGUUAUCAUUAGGUUUUCCCUUUAUUAACUGUUUGUGACAUUUUCAUGUUCUUUAGGCCAAUUUUUCUCAGAAUGAUGUCUACAUACAUACCUCUUCUAAUGCGUGACAUGAGUUUAGGAUCUUUCUGUUACCUAAUGUGAAUGUUAGACUUUUUCAGAUUAUCCGCAAAUUAUCCUUAUAACCACCUUGUAUAUAUUUGUGUGUCCUCUCUUAUCCCAAUAUGGAUUAAGAUUUAACAAAUUUAACAACACAGAUCACAUGAGAAGGCAAACUAUUAACUUCUCAGCGGUCAGAGCUCGGGGGGGAGGGGGUAGUGGAAGGCUGUCGUGUCACCUGCCCGACCUGUGCGGGACUGGGCCGCUGUGUCUUCAGCUGUCGGGGCUGACCUGUGGGAUGACUCUAGCGCUGCUCUUCCACCUUGCCAGAAGUUAGUUUCCUGCUUUUCACAUGUUUUCAACAUUUCUCUGCUACAAUUGAAUGUGUUUUUAAACUCGUGUACUUUUUACCUUAACAGAUGUUGGUCAGCUAGUUAUUGAAUGGUUUUUUUUUUUUUUAAAAAUCUGUCUUGCUGGGGCCUCUGGAUUUUGGGGCCCAAGAGAAAACAGUGGAAGAAAGGAUUCAGAAUAUCAGCAAGGAUGAACUACUUCUUUAAGCAAUUAAAAAAUACCUAAGUAAACUUUUUGGAGAGGAACAAAACUGGCUUCAGAAUAAUGCUUAGAUUGUCGAGGACACCUAGUAAGAAUUGGGGGCACUUGAUUUCGCAUAUAAAUAAAUGGUAAUCCACCAGUUUCUUGCAUUUCAGUCAGACUAGCAUUGACUUCCUCUUGACGGAACCAAGUGCUCCCCGCCUGACGGAAUGGACACUGCAGUUGUACUCUGUGACACACAGGGGCACUUUGUGCUUAAAUGAAGAUGGGAAGGUUAGCAAUAACUGGGUAUUGGUUAGAAUUUGACAAUUCUAUAUGUUUACAUUUUUUAGUGUGCAUCUUUAUCUGGGGGGCUUCCCAUGCGGGAACUUGCACUAUGACGAACUAAGAAGAACACUGCCUUGUUGUAUCUCAGUCCAAGUGCUUGUACUGCGAUGGCAAUGGCCUCUUCUUGCAAAAUGCUAAUUUGUGUGCCAAUUUGAAAUUAUUUGAAGGUGGUUCAGUUUAAUUUCAGAAUCCUCUUUCUGGAGUAGUUGAGAUGGAUUUUUAAUAAUUUGGGGCAUACCUUCAAAAUGAGAGAAUUGUGGGAAUUCAGGGAAGAUUUAUUGGCCCUUAGGUUACAUGGACAGUUAAGCUUAAGUAAACUACUGUGUCUUGAUUCAUUAUCCAUUGAGGCGCGGGGAUGAAUAAAAUGUCAUUAGCUUUCUUAAAAAUGUAUUUAUUUUGAAUGUUUUAAAGUAUUCCCACUUACUGGUGUGAUUAGAAUUAUCUGAGAAAUUAGCUUUAGCAAAGGAUACGUUCUGUACACUAUAGUAAGCUAUUCCACAUUGAAAGUGGUGUUUUAUGACCCUGAAAUUUUCUAACUUGAACUUGGCUCCUGCAGAGCCCUGGUCUUCUAAACAGCAGCUCACUGGUUUUGCUCUGAACCUUUAAUACAUUUGAGAACAACUGUUCUAAAAGGCUGACGUGUAUUUGGAAACCUAAUAUAGGUAGAUACAUUGGAAGGGGGGUGGUUUGAGCAGUAAAAUUUUAGUAUGUUUGGGGACUGCAUUCAUUUAAAAACAACUCUGAAGUCAAUAAUUUGUGUAAAGCCAACUCAUUCAAUAUUAGGAUAUUAAAAUAGCCUCCAUUGGUAUUAGGUAGCAGUUAGUUCUGGGGAAAAUCUUUGUUUUGUUCUAAAGGUACAUUAAUAAAGAAGACUUAAGUACAGUUGGUAGCUCUGGCUUACCUAGCCUAUUGAUGAACUGUGUGUAUUUAUAUGACCUGAUAGCAAUAAUCAUGGUAGGCAUUAUGUACUUCCGGUACCAGAGAGGCUUUCUUUGCACAGGCGUGCUUCUCUGCAAUAAAAGUGCUGCUGCUGUUUCCCUGUCUAGUCCUGUGCCUAGAUUAGAUGCUUGUAAGUGUAGUUUUAAAAUUAUUUUAUAUCUUGGAGGAGAAAACAUGCCACUCCAUUAAUUUGCAAGCCAUAAGAGCUGCACACUAUAUACCAUUUUACAUGUAACAACAACAAAAAAUUUUGGGCUUUUCAAAUCCCAAAUAUGCCACGCUUUAUUAAGUUACGGUAUGUCUGGAGUGUGGGUAUGAGUGUGAGUAUCAGUUGUCUGACAAGUAUUUGGACAUUUGCAAAUGGGACUGCAGUAGGUGUAGACAUGAACUGAGUCAUAAAGAAGUAAUCGUAUGUUUAAAACGUUCUCAGAAUUUUUAAGCUCAAGAAAUUUAAUUUUAUUUGGUAUUCCUUUCCUUAUCCCAAGUCUAAAAUGAGCCAAGAGAAAUAACAGAUGAUUUUAGAAAGUGCUGGUAGCCUGUGUGGUUUCUGACUUCUGGGAUGGCCUCAUUUCAUAAUGGUCUCAAAAUUUAGCUCUUGAAAUUCUCAAAGUUUUUAGAAGACAUUGGACCUAAAAUAUAUCAUUUUACAUUUGUAAUUUUUAAAGUUCUUAAUUAUGAAUAUUGUGAAUCUAUAUACUCAGGAUAUUUCUGGCUUGACUGUGUGUAUUCAAAAAAUAUUCAGGAUUUGACAGAUAAGAAUUAUAAACUAAGCAAUUUCUUGUACUCAGAACUGGACUAUAGACCUAACAAAAAUGCCCCCCCCCCCCAUCAUUACUUAGGGUUUGACUAAAAGUUAACACGAAAGAAUUAUAGACAACUGCUUUUGCUUAACUGUCCAUUCUUUUUUAAAUCAGGGUAGAGAUGCAUAUAUAUGUAUGUGAAUAUAUAUAUGAAUAUUCUUUUAACAUGGAUAGUAAAAAGACAGAGUCUGAUGGAAUCUAACGUUAUGUGAAAAAGUAUCUGGGGUUAGCAAGGAAAAAUUUUACAAGAGUAAAGAGGAUACUGAGAAACUUAAGCUGGACUAGCCUGAUUUGCAAGUGAAGGACCUGGUGCUGCUUUCAGAUGUUUAUCCUUUGUGUUUUUAAAUUUUUUCUUAAGCUUUAAUCUUCGUUUUGUCUUAAAGUCAGCUGGUGUUUCUUGUUCACGGACUUUGGUACGAUGGUGCUUUGCAAGGAUGUAUUUAUAUUUUAAUGGCCAACAUUUGGUCAGCCCUUGUCCACUAUUCACUUCCCCCUUUUUGUAAAAUAAGUGCUUUAAUUGUAAACUGUAUAAAAAUACCUUGUAUAAAUCCCCCUUUUGAUUAUUACAAUAAGCUGAGCUGUAACAAAUGAAAUGUUGAUUUUUAUAAUAAAACAGUGGAAAAUAAAA